UCGGAUUGACCUGCUUGAUUUGUAAACAACUUUUAGUCGACCAAUCACGACGAAGCUGCUGACAAGGCCGCUUGAGCCAAUCAGAGCUCGCCUACUAUAUACGUGGUUCGGCCGAAGAAAGUAAACAAACUAAUUUUCUCAAGUGAUAUUAGACUUUGUCGUCUCUGUCAGCCUCCAGAUAUAGUAUUUCAAUUAAAUUCCUGGAAAUGAAGAUGAAAAGCCAGUAUACAAAAAGCUGAAGAGGCUGGAUUGCCUUGAAAAUAUAUCUCCUGCUAAACGCAGUUUGUUGCCAGACGUUUCCAGAACUUCCUUGGAAUCAUGUAAGAGGAGAAUAGAUGAAUCAAAUUUAAAAUCAAGGAAUAAGCAGGAGCAAAGAGGCGUAAGUGGGCCAACAGGAAGCACAAAUGGUUUACUGGAUUUGCAGCUCAGAUUACAAAGAAAUUUCAAGAUGUUGAAGGAAAAGAUGGAACCGACUGGACUUGCAGAAAAAUUUCACAAGAUGGGAAUCUUAAAUUCGAAAUCAGUUGAAAAUGUACAAAGCGGCAGUAGUCGUGAAAAGAAGAAUGAAACUCUAAUAAAGGAGAUAUGUAAUAUUAAACCGGAUAGCAGGAAAGAUGUUACCUAUGAAAUGUUUGUUUCAUAUUUGGAAGAAACUGGGCAAGGAAAUAUUGUAUCCGAACUAAGACAAAGCAUGCACAAGCGCCAUAUCCUAGGUAUACAACAUAAUGAAAGGCAUAAUCUGAUGCGUUUCUUUCACGAAAUGAAAGAUGUUUUACUCGAUGAAGUCGAACCAAGGAUAUUCAUAGACAAAAUCGUUGCCAUUGGAGGUAUAACUAUUGACGAACAUGAAGAAAUAACUACAAAGUCUACACGGCGACAAAGAAUUCGUGUUUUGAUAGAAAAAAUCAAAUCGUCUGUGAGUAGUGUCUCUAUAUGGAUCAUCAAUGGAAUGGUAGAAGCUUAUCCGGGUAUUUACACGGCGUUUAAAAAGCAAAAGAAUGGUAAUAGAACCACGACAAAGGAACAAGACGACGGCAAACAAAACGGUUUGGUUUCAAUUGGAUCGUCAGUACAAAUGAAGUAUCAAAUAUCCACCGGAAAUACUUUGGUCGUGGAGGACCAAAAUGAACACGACGAUCCGAUGAGUAAAAUGAAACGAAUGAGGCGGCAAGCGGAAGAAAUAGAGAGACGAAUGGUUGAUAACGUGAACGAAGAUCUGAGUCAGUUAGACACUCUUUUAGAGCAUUGCAUAACAGGAAUUGAGGAAGUAAAGUUUUCUUCAAUCAAAAUACAUUUAAAAGCCCUGUCGAAACAUUCCCUGGAUAAAUUGGUUACCUAUUCACGUUCAAGCGCCGCUAAAAAGCUGUUCUUGUCUUUGAUUGACGAUGAAACAAGGCAAAAACUUUUAGACAUGAAAGCCAAAAUAGUGGUGGAAAUUAUAAACGGUUGCAAGGACAAUGUUGCUACAGCGACUUUUGAAAAUGACUGUUUAUGUACAUUAGAUAAAGAAAGAGUUGCAAACAAUCGUAAAGCACUGACUGCAGGAAUAUGCUGUUCUAAAGCAGUCAUUAAUCGCUUUGUUGAGAGCCAUCUUACAGAUGCUAAAACAAAGGCAUUUUUGAAGAAAAUAAAACCCAUUCCGAAGCGGAAAGAGAGGAAUAAAAAGCUAUUGCAGUUCCUUCUUCAAAGCGAUUCACCAGUAUUCUUCUGUAUACUGGAAGAAGAAAUUAUUAAACAUGGUGGGGCGGAAAUAAUUCGUGCCACGAACAGAGAUCACUUGGCCGAAAGCGAAAAAGUGAAACCAGAUACGUUAAACAAGGCGGACAUCCAGAUCAACAAGGAUUUGCUCUUCAAAGAAUUGGAAGUACAGUGGUUUAUUUCUCACUUAGAAAAGCGGAAAGAUACAGCUACACAAAAGCUCUUAGUCAAGAUUCGUGCAUCGGAGUCCAGAGAUGAAAGACUUGGGCCGUUUAUAGAAUAUAUAUCGAAAGCUCAGGAUCUUAAUUGGUUUUUUGAGGAGAUUAAAACAAGACAUAUGCAUCUAUAUGAUACUUUGCUAUCUAGAAAAACUUCAAACAAUACCAGUAGCUAUGAAAGUGUUGAUUUCAAAAGACUUGAAGCUGCAGUGCAUUUCUUUUAUGAUGAAAUCAUCGAAGAGGUUGAUCCAUUGGUUCUCACAAAGUGGCUCGGAAAUGAAACAAAACAAGAGGUGCACUUUUCAAAACUAAGGAAUGUACACAUACGGUCGAAAAGAGCGUCACGCUUCUGCCUUUCAUUGCUGGGUGUUAGUCCAAAGUCAUUGCACGAUGUGUUAAGUGCAAUGAAAGCAUGUGGAUACAAAGAGAUAGUGGACGAUAUCAUCAGAUUGGCACGAGAAGCAUAA